AUGAAAUUCUUACAAGCUUCCUUCAUUGCUGUCUUCAUGGCAAUUGCCAUAAUAUCAGUCCACGCUGCUCCUGAACCAGAACCUCAGCAUGCCGGAUCAUGGGGCAAUGUUCACUCACACGUUGGAGGAGGUCAAAGUGGAGUUCAAGCUGCUCCUGAACCAGAACCUCAGCAUGCCUCAUCAUGGGGUAGUGUUGGCUCACACGUUGGAGGAAGUCAAAGUGGAGGUAAUAUUGGAGGAGUAGGUGGUGUAAUUUCUCAAGAAAUUGGAACAUCUACUGGAACGGCCAUGGGACCAAUUGUUGGAUCGAAUAUGCACGGUUAA